GAGCUUGUUGGCACUGCCUGUCCGGGGACCCUGGGGCUGCUGUUCCUGUGGUAAUGUGGCAGCUGGGACCAUGGCCAGCUUCAGUCUGCCUGGCGUCACAUAAGCCAGCCCACAGGGUCCUGCAGCUUGUCCUUUCUGGCUGGAAGCUCUGGGCAUAGCCUGGGACUGGGUCUCUCCAGAGAGGGCUGUAGCCAGGGCCCUGCCAGCCUCGGGGGCCACAGCGGCUCUCACACCAGCAUCUUGCUGGAUAGGAGCAGUUCCAGGACUCUCUGAUCACACCUGAUCAUCGUCACUGCCAGAAUUCAAGGUAGCUGCCUGGACUGUUUGAGGCUGCGUGGCCCAGCAGGAGGAGCACAGGCCACCCAUCCUGAACCUCUUCCCCGACUCACUGUGUGAAUGCAGGCAAAUCAGUUAACUUUCCGGAGCCUCAGUUUCCUCACUUGAAUUAUGGGGCCAUGGCUGAGAGGUGUGCCUCAGCUUAACCCACUCAGUGAUGGACUCCAGUGCCUGCAAGAAGUCUCACCAGAGUAAGAAGUGGAGGAUCCAGGCCCAGGAGAAUUUUGCCAAGAAGUUUCCGUACAGGUUGUCGUGGCUGACAGAGCCCGACCCUGAGCCCCUGCAGCCCUGGGAGGUCACAAACGACUCGAACACGGUGCAGCUGCCCCUGCAGAAGAGGUUGGUGCCAACGAGGUCCAUCCCAGUCCGAGGGCUCGGGGCUCCAGAUUUUACAUCACCGUCUGGCUCCUGCCCGGCACCACUACCAGCACCAUCACCACCUCCACUGUGCAACCUUUGGGAACUCAAGUUGCUGAGUCGCCGCCUCCCCAGACAACUCGCCUUCCUGCUGUCCACCCAGCACACUGAGGCUGCCUGCCCCCAGACCAGCGAGGCGGCAGGGCUGUCCAGGGGCCUCUCCUAGAGACUGGGCUCUGUGUGUGGCCUUCUUAUUGGCCACCUUCUCCUUGGCAGGCUCUGGGCAGUAGCCACAGAGACUUUAUAGUAAAGGGAUCAGCCUUCAUGGCCAUCAUAGACCGGGAGUGGUUUGUGGUCCCCCCAAAAAGCUACACCAAGCUAAUAAACUGCGAGUUCCCACCCCACUUCCAGCUGGAAUGAUCA